AUGUCGGACGAAGAAAUAAGCCAGCUCGCGUACGAGGGACGAUAUGAAAUUUUCAAGAGAAAGUUAGCAGAAAACAAAGAUUUAGCUACCAAGACGGAUAGGGGUGGUCGCGUACCCCUGCACUGGGCAGCAUCAGGUGGACAUUCAGAAGAAGUGGAAUAUCUGCUCAGGAUGGGAGUGCCUGUAGACCCAAGGGAUGAUUCUAACUGGACACCUUUGAUGAUAGCCACCUCAACAGGAGCUGAGCCAAUAGUGAACAUGUUGAUUGGUCAAGGAGCACAGGUCAAUGCCAUCAAUAGUACUGGACAGUGUCCCCUUCAUUAUGCAGCCUCUAAGAACAGAUAUCAGAUUACAGAAACUCUACUGGUUAAUGGAGCUGACCCUAAUGUAGGAGACUGGGUAAACAACACUCCAUUACACAGGGCUGCCUGUAAAGGAAACACAAAGAUUGUCAGACUGCUGCUACAAUACAAUGCAAACCCAAAUUUUCAGGAUCAGGAGGGCAAUACGCCUGUCCAUGUGGCUUGUGAAGAGGAGAUGGUAGAAGAGGCCAAGAUUCUCAUAGAACAUGGUGGCAGCACAAGUAUUCUAAAUAAGGCAGAAAAAUCUCCCAUGGAUCUAGCUCCUGUAGCACAGCGUAGGACAUAUGAAAGAAUAGCAACAAGUUGACCUCUUGCAUUUAUGUGCAUUGAACCAAAUAUGACGGCAUGGAUAAUGCAAUGGCCACAUAAUUGAAAAGGGGAGGUUUAUGUCAAGGUGCAUUUGUAUCAAACUUUGUGGAAAAUUUUAAGGUGAUAAUAGUGAAGGAACUGAAUGUUAUUGAAAACUUUGAUUAUAACAUAGAGACUAAACAUGAGGCAGGCCUGUAGCCAGGGGGGGUUUGGGGGUUCGAAAGAACCGCUCCUUUUGUCAGGAAAAGGUCCAUUUUGGGUAA